AUGAGCCUUGAUCCAGGUGCUUUUCCGAGGUCGGACUCCCCCGCAAGCUCCGAGAGCUCCUUAACGCGCUCCCGAUUACAAGGCAAAGAAGGCUCCCUUAAGAAAGACAAAAACUACCGCCGAUAUGCCUCCAGCGUCGAACGAGCCCUGUCCCUGUUCGAUAACGCUCUACAGGAAUGGGCAGACUACAUCUCCUUCUUAAGUCGCCUAUUGAAGGCACUUCAAACCCAUCCACCCGACCAACCAGUCGUUCCUCACAAAGUACUAGUCUCCAAGCGACUCGCGCAAUGUUUGAACCCGUCAUUGCCCUCAGGCGUGCACCAGAAAGCCCUAGAAGUCUACACAUACAUAUUUGGGCUGAUUAAGCUGGAGGGACUGUCGCACGAUCUGCCUUUGUAUCUCCCUGGCCUUGCGCCUACCUUGACAUUCGCCUCCUUGACAGUUCGACCACUUUUCUUGUCUUUGGUCGAAGGCUAUAUUGUUGAUCUGGAGCCUUGGGCCAUUCGACCUGCUUUGAAGGCCAUCAUUCUUGCUCUCCUUCCGGGACUCGAAGAGGAGACAAGCGACGACUUUGAACCUACAUUGCGCACGAUUAACAAGCUUCGUGAUGCUGCCGGGCGCCUCGAGACCCAACGAACUUCCGAAGCGGGGGCAUCUGGACAGUACUUUUGGCAAUGUCUCUUCUUGGCAUCCAUAACUAACCCUAGCCGGCGGCUCGGUGUUCUCGCAUAUCUGAAUCGAUACCUGCCAAAGCUGGGAAUCUCAGAUCGCCGAUCCAGUACAGCUGCUGGAACUGGGAAUGACCUUCCUGAUACCCCGCCCGAGAUGCUCGCCGCAGCAGACUCGGUCAUUCUUCCAGAGCCGGGGCUUCUCAUACGUUGCAUGGCAUCGGGCUUAUCUGACGACCAGCUCCUUGUGCAGCGCAACUUCCUCGAUCUUCUUGUUACCCACCUUCCAUUGAGUUCACCCAUCUUACAAAAGAAGAUUGCUGCCAGCGAUCUCCGAACAUUGGUAAUUGCAGCAGUGGGUGUAGUUACUCGGCGAGAAAUGGGCUUGAACCGCCGACUCUGGGCUUGGUUCCUGGGACCAGAUUCCCCGAACGAGACCUCUUCUAUGGAUGAUCGGAAGCUCUCUUCAGAUACCACUCGGUCAGUCUCUGUUGAUGGCAAGGGACUUACACAAUCACAAUACUUUAGCCGCGUGGGCUUACAGCCUCUAGUGACUGGGCUCCUAGAAAUGAUCAGCCAGGCGCCAAGUCUCCCAUCCGAAAGAACAAAGCCUUUCCGGAUAGCUUUGUCGUUAAUGGAUCGUUGGGAGAUCGGUGGGUACAUUGUUCCUGCAGUGUUCUUACCAACGGUACGCAGUGUCAAGGCUUUCGAAGCCGAGGCGUCCAAACCCCAUUUCGAAGAGGUUUUCCGCAGCGCAAGCGCGUUCUUCGAUGGCGUUGAAAGCGGCGUCAUAUUUUCCGAGCUAUUGGGGCUGAUUGAUUACCAACCUGCCGACUUGAGCGGUGAUUCUGAACGGGUCUUGAGUGAUUUGAGCCUUGCGCUGUUUAUCAUUGAGAACUUCAAUGUCCGCGAGGAGGACAUGGUCCAAAUCCAUGUUCCUUUGUUGGCAUUGUCAGUGCUUGUGAAACUGAAAGCUACUUCUGUUGUUCAGGAUCCAGCCACUAAACAGGCUAUUUCGGCGGCCCUCAACCAAGUCCUCAAGUCGUUAAUCGGGUUGCUUUCAGAACGAGGCUUCUCCAAGAAGUCUGGAUCUGAAAAAAGUCCCACCGACGCGAAAAGUCGAGGCACUGAUGUUUUGAAAGUCGUUCAUGGCUUCUAUGAACAAAGUAAAGCCAGCUUGGAGCUCCCGCCUCUUCCUUAUGCCCCUAAAACUCUCUGUGAGAUGAUUAUUCGAGAGGCCAAUGAAUUGGCUAUUGCAGCGCUGGAAGCCCCUGACAAUGUUUCUGUCCACGAAAGUCUGGAAAUUCUUGUGGCAUUGCUCAAGAAGCUUCCGAAAUCGCGCGUCUUGCGAGACCGUAAGCUCUACGAAGCACUCUCCCGAAGAUUGGACAUAGGAAAAGACAAGCCGACGACAGCCUCUUUCUCGGUUAUCUCCACUAUCGCCUCAUCGGUUACAAGUUUGUUCUUCAUCCACGCCCCAGGCUACUAUGUCAGCUAUGAGGAUGCUUGUGAUUUGAUCCCUCCACUGGUCAAUCAACUUUGGUGGUAUCUCUCGCCGUUGAGCCCGAAGUUCCAUGUCGAGGCUGUUCGCUGUCUUUGGCUCUUGCAUUCCAUCUCUUGGAUCGACCACCUCGUCGAGGCGACGUUGACCUCUUUGAUGAUCAACCCCUCAGAAGCGAGCUCCCGUCACAUCUCUGCUGGGCAGCAGGCUGAGCGUUUCUAUGUCCUUUGGAACCACAGCCACCACAAUACUCACGAACAACCCCCGAAACAGGUUCUAGACGUUGGAGGAACAUUGUUCUCUUACCAGUGUUCGAUGCUGGAGCGCCCACUGUUCAUCGUACUCGAUCUUCUCUCCCAGGAGUCUAGCGAUAGCUCUCAGAGUGUCCAGCUCUGGCUCCAAGAUCUGCCAAGUAUCCACAAGAUCUUCCAUGUCAUUAUAUCCAAACUUGAUGAGCUCUUUGAGCAUGACGACCUCACCGAGACUAACGCAGAGAGCCAGUCAAUCCCCCCUGAGGACUACAAGGAAUGCGACUAUUUGUUGCAGACCGCUUCGAAUAUCAUCGCCGCCCUGUCGCAAAAUGGAUGGGUUAUCCUUCUCACUCACGUUUUGAGCAAUGAGAAGCGCCCAGAAACGUCGAACUCAGAAGACAAUGCAGGUUCUAAAAGUCUCCAUGCCGCAAUCUUCGACGCUUCUCUUCGCGUGGUGAGCACACAAAAGUCGAACCCCACAGAAAUCAGCCUAGAGGGGGAACGCUUGCAAAAGGACGCUCUCCAACUCAUGCGACAACUUCUUCUCGGUCCAGAGGCAGAGGAGCUAGUUGAGUCCGGUAUUGAUGACUUCUUAGUCGAACGCCUGCUUGUGUCUUCCGAGGGUGGUAGCAUUGUGGUUCAGGGUGCACUGAUUGAUGCGCUCCUUGCUGUAUUGAAGGUGCGGUUUGCGCAAGCCUAUCUGCCUCCACCCCCACCUCGACAGAAGCAUCUGGAAGUAAGCUCUCGAGAUCGCCUCACCAGCCCUUCGCUGUUGUCCUUCACUAGUGAUAAAGGUGACAGGAGACCUUCAAUGCCUCAGCUUCCGCAACCCCCUGAGCGACUGUUGGAUUGUCUUCUGAAAGGCAUCAGCUCACCCAAGUCUCGGGAAAUUGUCGAAAAGUGGAUAUUCCUGCUUUGCGAAGUUCUUCCUCUAUACUCGGGCUCGAUAUUCCAAAUUCUGUUGAUGCUUUCAGAGUGUUUCUGCCGGGAAAUUCGAGCUUCGUAUGGUAGGCUCCAACUGUCGUUCCACCAAACAGAGGACUGGCCGCAAGAUCGUUCCGAGCAUGUCACAAUUGCUCUCUUGUCUGGUCUCGAGACUUGUAUCGCAAACGCACAUGAGCGUCUCCGAGUCGAAGAGACGAACAUUCCAACCGUGAAGAGUCCAGAUCAACCCCAGGGCUUCUUUGGCAACAUGGUUUCCGGGGUAUUCAAUUCAGAAGGCGGACAGGGCCGCCCCAACACCGCCAACGAUCGACUUACCGUGCUACUGUGUUUCCAAGAUGCCGUUCGUUUGUGCUUCUCUAUCUGGUCAUGGGGUGCAGGUGAUCACAGUGGCUUUGCCAUUGAUUCUGUGUCCAUGGCUUCAUUCCAGUAUACCUCUCUGCGAAUGAGAAACCGAUCACGCCGCAUUCUUGAACACUUCUUCACUGCAGAAGCACUUGAAUGUCUGGAGACAUUGGUAGAGAUGUGGUCGAAGUCUGACACUGAAACAGCGUCAUUGAUUUUCAAUCUUCUUCACACGCUCGAUGGUUCUAGUCCAAAGAUAACGAUCCCAGCCAUCUUCAAUGCGAUCUACACCAGAACCAACCCCAGCGCGUUGGAUCCUAGCCGCAAGUCGUCGUUGACUUCAAGCCUCUCGGAGUCUGAACUUGCUAGCUUCCUGGUGACAUACGCUCGUUCGCUUGACGACGAUGUUCUUGAUGAGAUCUGGACCGACUGCACAACAUUCUUGCGUGAUGUGCUCAGCAAUCCGUUCCCACAUCGGCAGAUCCUUCCACGUCUGAUUGAAUUCGCUGCUAUAUUGGGCGUUAAACUAGAGAAUACCACAUUUGGCGAAGACCGCCGUAUGCGAAAGGAACUUGGGGAUGUCCUUCUGCGCCUUCUCACGGCCGUUUUCACUAGCAAACCUUUGGGCCUGAGUCAAGACAAUGGGCCAUUGGCACGAUCUUCAGUGGACUAUGAUCGCACUUCAGUCUCUCACACUGGGCCCGAUGACAUGUUGAGCAUUCUAGCGGUCUCCAUGCCGUCAUUCAUCACGACCCUGGGCGACUCGGACCGAAUCAACACUGCCAUUACUGGUGUCUCGACCAAUGUGAUCGGUCCUCUUAUUCGAUCACGUCUUUUCCCCAAUAAUCUGAACCGCAACGUCAUGGUCCUGUUGCAACAAAUGGCCAAAGUACCCGCCGCGGCCAAAAUGUGGAAGAAAGACAUCUCCGAAGCGUUCCACGAUCCCCGUUUCUUCGGACUACAGUUAGAUUUGGUGAAGAACAGUUGGAUGGAUCUCUUGCGGCAGUGGGUUCUUGCCGAUAAGGAGCGACUCUCGGAGCUGCUUGUCCGCCUUCCACCACCAAGCGCGGCUGGCAUCAUGUUCGGCGUGGGAGCCUCUGCAGCCCGUUUGGAAGCGGAUCGCAAAGCACAGCUCAACCUUCGGCGAAUAGCACUUCUCCUCUUAUCUGCCACGGAGGAUUAUUUCGUUGGAGAAUUGCCGGCCUUGCUUCAGAAAUUAGAAGAUCUUCUUGCCGCGACCAGCUCCUCCUCACCGUCUGCAGCCACUCGCGCAGAGGUGUUCAUGGUCCUGCGUGCUGUCGCGCUGAAGACCUCGGCCUCGGCAAUGGCACCAUUCUGGCCAUUGAUCAACACAGAGCUACAAGAGGCAAUUUCCGCUGUCCCGCGCGGUUCUCAGGCAGAACUGUACAACUCUUAUUCGUUGCUUCAGGCAUGCAAACUCCUGGACGUUCUGCUUGUCCUCGGUCAGGACGACUUCCAACCCCUCGAGUGGCUUUUCAUCACGGAUACCAUUGAUGCAGUGUACCCACCGGACCGCUGGGAACCGGUCGCACUCGCAGAUGAGGUUUCUCAAAGCUUCGGACCUCGCAUUGCAGUCUCCCCCACUGUGACCGAGACCAACGAGCCCCAAGCUCGCAGUAAUCUGAAGCGACCGUGGCUCCUCUCAGACUGGAUCCGAGAAACCGCCAAAGACGAGAUUGUCGAGCGUGUUCUGCGACCGUUCUUUGAUCGAUUGAGCAUCUUCGUGUUUGAGAGUACGUAUGGUAUGGGUAGCGUAGAUUUCACUGUGUGUCGGGAUGAUCUCCUAGCAGAUCUGUUCAACGAAAGUACAAUGGCCAAUUAA